AUGUUGCAAAUUGUCCUCCUGGGCGCGGGCAUCGCUUGGGUGGCCUAUCUUCUCAUCCGGCAUGCUGUCAAGGAGCGAAGACAUCGACGCCAGGCUCGGGAGUGGGCUUGUCAGCCCCCGCCUCGAGAACGAGGGACGUGGUACGGCGCGAAAAUCACCAAAGAAUUUAUUCAGGCGGCACGGGAGGAGCGGGCUCCUCAAUACUUCAUCGAGUGGGCGGAGAGGAACCCAAAGUCGUAUAUGACACCGUUCUUUGACGUAGAUAUCUUCCAGACCUGUGAGCCUGCAAAUAUCCAAGCGAUACUGGGAAGUCAAUUUGAGGACUUUGGGCUUGGCCAUCGUUUGAACUCUUGGUCGCCAAUGUUUGGAAAGGGAAUUUUCACUACUGAUGGUGCAGAAUGGAAGCACCAACGGGCAAUGCUGCGACCGCAGUUUGCGAGAAUGAUUUUGCAGGACUUGGAAACGGAGGAGAAGCAUCACCGGAAUCUACUUGCUCAUCUCACGGUCCGCGCGGACGGAUGGACCGACAGAGUCGACUUGCAGCCUUUGUUCAUGCGACUGACCAUGGACUCGAGCACCGAACUUCUUUUCGGGGAGAGUACAGACUCUCAGUUAGCAGCACUCCGCGGCGAACAGAAAGAUGGGACUGCGGUUGGGUGGAGUUCAUUCAAUCGAGCCUACGAACGUGGAUUGAAGACUGUCGGCAUUCGAAACUUCCUCGAAGAAUUGCACUGGCUCUACAACCCGAGCCAUUACAAGGACGAUGUCAGGGUCGUGCAUGCUUUCGCUGACCAUUUUGUCCAGCAAGGUUUGCGCCGCGCUGAUAUUCAGUCCACCGGCACGCCGAAGAAGUAUUGUUUCCUCGACGAGCUUGUCAAAGAGACCCGGAACCCUGUGGAGCUUCGUAAUUAUUUACUGAACAUUCUGGUGGCUGGGAGAGAUACAACCUCCAGCGCCCUCGGUUGGACGUUUUACUUGCUAGCUCACAACACCGGCGUCUUCCACAAGUUGCGCCAAGUUGUACUCCGCGACUUUGGGUCGUACGAUUCGCCGAGGAAUCUCGACUUCGCUUCUAUCAAGGCCUGCACUUAUCUCCAGCAUGUGUUGAACGAGAGCCUACGGUUGUACCCUCCUGUGCCGGCAAAUGCGAGACAUUCGGUCAGAGACACCACCUUGCCGAUUGGUGGAGGGCCUGACGGAAAAUCUCCUGUCUACAUCCGCAAGGGAUUGGAGGUCGCAUAUUUUGUGGGCGCCAUGCAUCGACGAACAGACCUCUGGGGGGACGAUGCCAACGAAUUCCGCCCUGAUCGCUGGAUUGGCCGCAAGCCGAAAUGGGACUACCUGCCAUUCAGUGGCGGCCCAAGAAUUUGUCUUGGUCAGCAGCAAGCUUUGACAUUGGCCGGAUUUACCAUUAUUCGCCUCCUUCAAAAGUUUGACGACAUACAGGCUGCUGAUUACGGAGAGAGAACUCGACAUGUCUUCACGCUUACGGACGCACCACGUUAUUGCUGGGUCAAGCUGCACGAAGCUACACGAAGCUAG